AUGGCUAAGAUUACAGUUAAGAACCCCAUCGUCGAGAUGGACGGUGACGAGCAAACCAGAAUCAUAUGGCAGUUCAUCAAAGACAAGUUGAUCUUCCCAUACCUUGACGUCGACUUGAAGUACUACGAUUUGGGUAUCGAGUACCGUGACCAAACCGACGAUCAGGUCACUGUGGAUGCUGCCAAUGCCAUUCUCAAGUACCAGGUUGGUGUCAAGUGUGCCACCAUUACUCCAGAUGAGCAAAGAGUCAAGGAAUUCGGUCUUCAGAAAAUGUGGCUCUCUCCAAACGGAACCUUGAGAAACAUUCUCGGUGGUACUGUGUUCAGAGAACCAAUUGUUAUCGACAACAUCCCAAGAAUCGUCCCAUCCUGGGAAAAGCCUAUCAUCAUUGGUCGUCAUGCUUUCGGUGACCAAUACAAGGCUACCGACUUGGUCAUUCCAAAGGCAGGUCAAUUGUCGCUUGUGUUCAAGCCAGAUGACGGAUCCGAAGCCCAAACCUUCCCAGUCUACAACUUUGACGCUCCUGGUGUUGCGUUGGGUAUGUACAACACCGACAAGUCCAUCACCGAUUUCGCUGAGUCCUCGUUCAAGUUGGCAUUGGAGCGUAAGCUCAACUUGUUCUCCUCUACCAAGAACACCAUUUUGAAGAAGUAUGACGGAAGAUUCAAGGACAUCUUUGAAAACUUGUAUGCCACCAAGUACAAGGCCGAAUUCGACGCUGCUGGUAUCUGGUACGAACACAGAUUGAUCGACGACAUGGUGGCCCAGAUGUUGAAGUCUUCUGGUGGCUACAUCAUUGCCAUGAAGAACUACGAUGGUGAUGUGCAAUCUGACAUUGUUGCCCAAGGUUUUGGCUCGUUGGGAUUGAUGACCUCCGUGUUGAUGACCCCUGAUGGAAAGGCAUUCGAGUCUGAAGCUGCCCACGGUACCGUGACCAGACACUACAGACAGCACCAACAGGGUAAGGAGACCAGUACCAACUCCAUUGCUUCCAUUUUCGCCUGGACCAGAGGUAUCAUCCAGAGAGGUAAGUUGGAUAACACUCCAGAAGUUGCUGACUUCGGUGAAGCUUUGGAAAGAGCUACAAUUGAGACUGUUUCCAAGGACUCCAUUAUGACCAAGGACUUGGCCUUGGCCCAAGGCAAGACCGACAGAGCUAGCUACGUUACCACCGAGGAGUUCAUCGAUGCCGUUCAAAAGAGAUUGAACAAGAACUUGGGCCACGCUUAA